GAUUCUUGCAUUGUUGAAGCAAGCAAAGCAAGAACAGGAGAGCAAGCUGGGUUGGGUUGCAGAUCCUGUUCUUUUGAUUCAUUCACUAGCUAAAGGGAUCGCUGAAUCUGCACCAUCAGGAUUGGUGGGAAGUGAUUCUUUUUGUUUUCACUGCAAGGUGUUUGCAGUGCUUCAGUUUAGGAAAACAACAGAACGCUAUCAGUAUGACUUGAAUGGUGACACAUAGCAACCCUUUUGAAAUUCAAAGUUGAACACUGGUGAUGACAUUAAUAAAGCAGAGUUAAUUUUGAUCUGUUUUGGCCCUUGUUAAAAUGAGUUAUUAGAAUUAUUCCUAUAGCAAAUCAUGAGACAUCGCUUGAGCUUAAAUACUAACAUAAAAAUCUUGUGGUACCUGGCAGGUUUUAGAUCUAAAGCCAUUUUCAGGAGUGUUUAUAAGUAAUGCUGGUGUUCAGAGGUGUUACUUCUAGAACAGUUUUCUGCGUUUCCUUUAAUGCCUUUAAAUCUGUAGCAUUUGGAAUCAAAGUCUGAAGCUACUCCAUGCCAAAACUGUGAAUCCAGAUUUCCCUAAUAAAAUAUUAGGAAAAAAUCAGUAAAUCAAUAUUUUAUAAGUAAUUGAUUGAAAUCUGAAAUUUCAUGUCCGGGUUCAAAGUUUGUUAUGAAAAUAGGUCCUGAAUGCUUAAAGUACUGUAAUGGUGUACUGAACCAUCAGACUGCAAGGGCUGAUCUUUCUCUUCCACUUUAUUCCUAUUCUCUGUAAUCUCAUACAUCGGGAAGUUUCAAAUGGCUGUGUGGGUGUCCCAUCCCCAAUUUCUGCCUUUCAUGUCCCACUCAUGUGACAGUGUUAAAUGGAUAUGUUAAAUAGAGAUUUUAAAAUGCUUUGGCACCAGGUCCAUGUUUUUCAUAAAACAGCUGUCAGCCCAAAGACUAAAACUGUUUCAUUACAGCAGGUAGAAUCCACUCUAAGCCAUGAAGAAAAUCAAUUAUGUGAUUACCUCUAGUGUUUGAGCAAGGUAUUCCAAAGAACUGGCUUGAGUGAUUCUUCACAGACUAUUGUGCAAUACAAUAAGCAGAUUGAAAUUAUUCUGGUACCAAUAUUUCACAAGAAAAUUAGGAAAGUGGCCUUUUUCUUACGAACUUAAUUGGAAAGACUCGUGCUAAAUUUUGCACAGGAUUUACCAUGUUAAGGAGUGGUAAAUAGCCAGGAUGCAAAGUGUUGAUGUUGCCCUAGAAUUAGAUGUUUACUUGCAAAGGUGUGAGUCUUGGGCUUCUGCUGAAGAUCCCUGGCAGGAGUACCAACACAGCACUAGAGGACUGCUCCUCUGGGAUGGAUCCCUGUGACUGGUCACAUGGAGAAAUGUACUGCACAGAUCACAAGUGGAUGUGUUAGGUUAGUCACUUUGUCUCUAAACAGAUUAGGUGUAAGCUUUAAGCCUAGUUUUGACACGCUUUUGUUACCCAGCCUGGUGUGGUUGUCUUUGUGGUCUAGCAGUGAGCUUUGAAGGCUUGCUUUUUUUACAGCUUCUUCUGUGGCAACAUCUUUCAGUUUUUCCCUUGUCUUCUCCUGGCCAGGCAUUAGCCCAAAUGCUGAAGUGUAUGAGUCUUUCUAAAAUGUGCUGCUGACAUGCCCACUGGUGUAUGUCUGUCUCCUGUAGCAUCCCCUAUAUGUUUUCAUUCUGUCAGUAAAACUAGGGACAGUGUUGAUAUGAGGACCUCAGGGCAUGUUCCAGUCCUGCAUAUUCUGUGGCAGAGGUCACAAAUUCAAGUGUGAGAAAGGCUGUGAAAACUGCAUUGUAGAGUCAUAAUCACUGGAGGUGUCCCUGUGGGAGCUGUGCAGUGGGGGUCAUUCAGCAUUGCAUCUGGCAAAUAGACUGCUUUUGUAAGCGGGGAUGUUCGGAACAGUAGUGAGCUGCUGAAAUGGAAAGAGCUUUUUGUCAGCUGGCAGUUAAGCUGUAGAUGCCAAAGUGAAGUGGCUAGAUUAUCAUCCCAAUUCAGCACACAGUGCUUUUCCAAAAUAACUGUCCCAAAACUGCCCAGGACAGUUUUGCUUCUAAUAUCCCCAUAAAAUUGAUAGACACAAAGGACCCCAGUAUUAAGACGUGCAGCACUGCUCUUGCAGGAGAUUGUGGUGGAAGAAACCCUUGCUCUCUGCUUUACUUCCUUGUCAGGAUAUCUAGAUGAUACAGGAUGGUAUCUGGGUUUCCCUGUGCUGUUGGAAGUGUCAGAAGGUGACUGGAACAAAGCAGUGAGAUGAAAGCAGGUUCAGAAAAUUCUAAAAAAUAUUGUUGGAAAUUGCUUGGAAUGAGAAAGUCAUUUUCUCAAGCAUAGAAGGACAGAGUACAGAAUGAGUGAGGUGGAGAAAAGUAUACAUUCCAUGCCAUUCAUAGAAACAUGAAAUGGCUUGAGUUGGAAGGGACACUAAGGAUCAUCAAGUUCCAACCCCCCCGCCAUGGGCAGGGCCACUAACUUCCAGGUUUGGUACUAGAUAGGUUGUCCAGAGCCCCAUUCAACCUGAUCUUGAAUGCCUCCAAGGAUGGAGCAUCCACAGCCUCUCUGGACAGCCUAUUCCAGCUCCUCAUCACACUCUCUGUGAAGAACUUCCUCCUGAUGUCUAAUCUAAACCUUCUCUCCUUGAGCUUAAAACCAUUCCCCUUUGUCCUAUCACUACCUACCCAAGUAAAAAUGUGAUUCCCUACCUGUUUAUAAUCCCCUUAUUAAUACUGGAAGGCUGUAGUGAGGUCUUUUUGCAGCCUUCUCUUCUCCAGACUGAAGAAGUCCAGCUUCCUCAGCCUGUCUUCGUAGGGGAGGUGCUCCAGAGAUGACUUCUCCAGUCAUCUUUGUGGCUUUCCUUUGGGCCCUCUCCAACAGCUCCACAUCUUUCCUGUAUUGGAGGCCCCACGCCUGGCCUCAGUACUCUGGAUGGGGCCUCAUGAGGGCAGAGUAGAGAGCAACAGUCACCUCCCUGUUCUUGCUGGCCACCCAUCUUGUGAUGGAGCCUGGGGUACCAUUGGCCAUCGGAGCUGCAAGAGCACACUGCUGUCUCAUGGUCGGUUUUUCAUCCACCAGGACCUCCAGGUUCUUCUCUGCAGGGCUACUCUCAUGUUCUUCACCCAUUCUGAGAUUACUCUGACCCAAGUGCAAAACCUUGGUCUUUGCAAUGUUGAGCCUCAUUAGGUUCACACAGUCCCACCUUUUUAGUUUGACAAGGUCCCUCUGGAUGGCAUCCCUUCCUUCUAGUUUGUCAACUGCACCACUCAGCUUGGUGUCAUUGGCAAACUUGCUGAGGGUGCACUCGAGCCCAUUGUUGAUGAAGAUGUUGAAGAGCAUCAGUCCCAAGACAGACCCAUGCAGAACACUGCUUGUCAACAGCCUCUAACUGGAUAUAGUGCUACUCACCACAACCCUCUGUCUAUGGCCUUCAAACCAAUUCCUUAUCCACCAAAUAGUCCACCCCUCAAAACCGUAUCUCUCCAGUUUAGAGAUAAGGAUGUGGUGCGGGACCAUGUUAAAGGCAUUGCACAAGUCCAGGUAGAUGACAUUGAUCGCUUUCCCUCUGUCCACUGGUGCCGUCAUUCCAUCAUAGAAAUCCACCAUAUCGGUCAGGCACGACCUUCCCUUGUUAAAACCACGCUGGCUGUCUCAGAUCACCUGUUCAUCCCUCAUGUGCCUUAACAUGUCUUCCAAGAGGAUCUGUUUCAUUAUCUUCCUAGGCACAGAGCUGAGGCUCACUGACCACCCCACUUUCUGCCAGGCCCGUGUUCCUUGAGAUCACAAACUCAACCAGGAUAUGGUCACUGCAGCCUAGGCUGCCUCCAGUCUUAAUGCCUUUAAUGAUCUCUGCAUUGGUAGGCACCAGAUCCAUCAGUACUUCACCUCUGGUCAGUCUAUCCAAUACUUGAACCAGAAAGUUACCAUUCGCUGGCUCCAGGAAUCUCCUGGAUCUCUUGCAGCUCACCAUGUGGCUUUCCCAGCAGCUGGGGUGGUUGAAAUCCCCCAUCAGGAUGAGUGCCUGUGGCUGUGAUGCCUCCUGCAGCUGAAGGAAGAAGGCAUAGUCAGCAGGCUCCCCUUGAUCCAGUGGCCUACAUUAGCUCUUCGUUAGUCCUAUCCCUCACUCUAACCCACAGGCUCCCAGCCUGCUCCUCACCAUUUCUCAGAGGGAGAUCCUCACAGUCUAUCCACUCUUUAACAUGGUGGGCAACUCCCCCACCCUCCCUACCUAGCCUAUCCCUUCUAAAAAGGCAUUGCCCCUUUACAGUGGUAUUCCAUCUAUGGGAGUUAUCCCACCAUGCUUCUGUGAUAGCAACUGUGUUGUAACUUUCCUAUUACAGAGGCUGCCCUGCUGCUUGCAGCAGGUGCUAUCUGCUGGCCUUGUUGCCUCGCCUUCGUUUUGCUGGACUCCACCUUUUGAUAACUGUGGCUGCAUUCCUGUCUGAAGAUGUUUCCCUUUUGUUGGCUGAGUAGGAGGUAACAAGGUUAAGUGAAAGUUACUUUACAGGCUUGCUAGAACAGGCUUUUGGUUUAUGCGGAGAAGGACCGGUCUGUACAGAAAUGGGGUUUACUGAAAUCUGAUUGCAAAAUGCUUGAAAGUGGCGGUGUUAUGAUCUACAUCGACCGAAUAGAAGUUGUGAACAAAUUGGCACCGUAUGCAGUGUACGAUAUUGUGAGAAAUUACACUGCAGACUAUGACAAGACCUUGAUCUUCAAUAAAAUUCAUCACGAGUUGAAUCAGUUCUGCAGUGCCCAUACUCUCCAGGAGGUUUACAUCGAACUGUUUGAUCAGAUAGAUGAGAAUCUGAAGCUGGCCCUGCAAAAAGAUCUCAAUGUCAUGGCACCAGGUCUUACCAUCCAGGCUGUGCGUGUUACAAAACCUAAAAUCCCUGAAGCCAUCCGAAGAAAUUUUGAGCUAAUGGAGGCUGAGAAGACCAAGCUCCUCAUUGCAGCCCAGAAGCAGAAGGUAGUAGAGAAGGAGGCAGAGACAGACCGGAAGAAAGCACUCAUUGAGGCGGAGAAGGCUGCCCAGGUGGCCAGGAUUCACUAUCAACAGAAGAUUAUGGAGAAAGAAACAGAGAAGCGAAUUUCUGAGAUUGAAGAUGCUGCAUUCCUAGCAAGAGAGAAGGCAAAAGCAGAUGCAGAUUACUACACUGCUCAGAAGCUGGCUGACUCCAACAAGCUGAAACUUACCCCAGAGUAUCUGGAACUCAUGAAAUACCAGGCAAUAGCUGCAAACAGCAAGCUGUAUUUUGGCGACAGCAUCCCCAGUGUGUUUCUGGAUUCUUGUGCCUUCCAGCAAGCUGAUCUGAGGACUACCCAAGAAACCAGCCUUUCUCCUCAGGAAAUCCAGGAGAGCCCUGCAGACAGCCACUUCAAAACAAAGGGAAAUACUGGCUGACAGAAGUGGAAAGGAACCCACUGUAGCUCAGCAGCUCUCCCAGCUGUGAAAGGGGAUGUUGCCCUGUGUUUGAUGGGGCAGAUGCAGCAUGUGCGUGGGCAUCCUGCCUAUAGUUGGCAGUUGGGUUGAUUUUUUCUUCUAGCAAUGAAUUGCAAGCACUCUGCCUCUCUUGUUUCUUCCCUAUAAAAUUGGUGCUUCCAAACGAGGGAAUAUCCUGUACUAACAAACUUAUACUGGAAUAUUAAAGGACAGACACCAGGAAAGCCUUCCACAGUAGGUGCGAUUAUUUAGCAAGCAUUAUCCUUGAGGUAGGAAACGUGGCUUUUGAGUGCUGUAUGUCUGCACACUAUUUCCCACUGCUCCUUGCUGAGGCCAAGCAAAGAGUUUGCCUUCGUCUAGCUUGUUACAGCUUUGCUUUGUGGACUCCAUGCUUCUCUCAACAUGAUGUAAUUCUUUUCAAGGAUUCUGUGUUGGUCAGCAGAGGCUCCCUGAUCCUCCUCUGGAAGAGACCCAGCAAGGAGUUUGGUGUGGAAUAGAUGAUUUAAAUAGGAUCUGGAUAGCCAUAACCUUUUCCAUUCCUGUAGGCAGUGAAACUAGAUAAUGACUCAGAGGAAGUAGUCUCAAAUGUGUUUUUGUAACACCCCUACUCCAAGCAAGAGCCCUGUGCUGGGCGUCCAUGGCUGGCUGCAGCAUGCUUUGCCUGGAUGACUGGGUCUUGCGUUGCACUGUAAGCCAGAAUUCAGAGUGCAUUGGAAAACUUCAACUGCUUGGGAAGAAGGGGUCCAGCACUGUGAAAUCUGUGCUCAGCCUGCAGCAUCCCUCUGGGUCUUUUCACCAUGGAAAGAGUGCUGACUUUUCACUGCUUUGCCCUGCUGCUAAGUGAAGAGAGAAGGAAGAGCAAUGAGAGAUGCAAGACAUCCUUGGGGCAGAGGACAGGAGUCUUUGUGUUAUCCUGCUCCUCAAACAUUCUGUUAAGGAUCACAGUGAGGCAGAGAAUCAGUGCCUGAUGUAGCCUGCUCAAGCCCAGUGCUGCCGUGUGCUUGCCAUCCCACUUUUGCAGUUUCCUCUGCUCUGCUGCACAUCCUGUGUUUGAUUCCUCAGCUGCAAAGCCAGGGAGACAUCACCAUUUCCCAGUGAUGCAGCGAAGGUGAAUUUGUUCCUAUAAUCUGCUUUCCUCUUCUAUUCCAUGCUCUCCUUUGCCUAUUUUUUUCUGGCGUCUGUUUUUUUGUGUUCUGUAACAAUCUCAGAAGAUGCUGGCAAGGACCUGAGCCAGAUAACCACGUCCCAGCUUGCAUUGCUGCCGCGCUGCCUGCUUCUUAACCUGCUACAGAGCCUGGCUCUCUUCUGUGUGCUUUGGAUACCCAGAUGUUCAUCCUGCUUCCCGGUCCCUGGUGCCAUCUUACCUUAUGGCAAGGGGAAGAACUUGCUUUGUUUUUGCCUUGGUGGAGCAUUUGAUCCAAAAUCAACAGCUGGAACUUUACAUCUGCUAUUGAUUUCCCAAUCACUGUGUGCACAUCAGUCCUAUUUUCCCUAUCCUGCAUGGCAUGUUUGACUUUAAAGGUCUGCAGUGUCUCUCCUUGAGGAAGUUCAGUAACAUACGGUGCCUUACUCUUUCUCAGCUCCUGCCUGACUGCCUCUCCAUCUCUAGGGGAGAGCAGGGAUGUUUUGACCCUUUCCUUCUUCCAGCUGUCUGCAGACUCCCGGUACCCAGGUGGCAGCAUGUUUUGUAGCUGUGGUGAUUGAAAUGUCCCUGGAAGUAUUCCUGGAUUUAUAGGAUUCCCUUUUCCCUGCGGGAAGGGCUGUAAGGAGCCAGUGGAGCCACGUCCUUGACCUGCUAGCUCCUUGCUGUUGCUGGUAUGCAACACUGACUUUACAGCAGAAAGGCAGCCUCUCCUUGUCACAGUAGCAGCCAUUUGGGUUGAUGUUUAAAUAGAAGCUUUUUGAGAUCAGAAACGUUUGGUGGUGUUACAGACUCGCCUACAGCACUGCCACAUGUUGACAUCAGGCCACAGGUAGGUUAUGCCAGCCUGGAGAUGCCAAGGAGCAGGAGCAGCAAGGAAUCCUGAGAAGCAAUACCAAGGCAGCACACAACAACCCCAUACGGGGAGAAGGGAAGUUGGUGCAGAAGGUGGUGGGCCUUAGCCCUAGGCAGCAUUGUCAACCCAUCUCCUGCCACUGCCCAGAUGGAGACUGUCACCUUGGCUAAAUGUCAUCCUGUGGUUGGAAGUCCUGCAGCAGUGUUUGCAUGGGGCUCAGUGCCGUGUGCAGGAACCUCUCUUGUCCUCAUCUGCUUGCCGUGCUGUCACUCCCAGCAUCCUGAGCUGGUGUGAGGAGUGAGGUGCUACCUGUCUGCAGCUGGUAGCGAUGGCCUUGGCUCCUGGUCAGGGCUACAAGAGCAGAGGGAGUGUGGAUGUAGUGAGGAACAUGGGUUUGAACCUGUUUUGCUCCUUUCUCUUUGCGUACUCUUGUGACUAAGAGGGGUUUGCUACUGGAUCAGCAGCACCUUCUUAAAGGAAACAUGAUGCAUAUGUUCAAGUUUACAUGCACAGUGUUGUGUUCUUUUGAUAAAAACAGAAUAAAACUAUUUUGGUACCA